AUGGCGCCUCCUGAGCUCGAGUCGCGCUGCUCCGAGCCCGCCACGGCGGCGCUGGAGCAUCUUCGGGGAGUGGAAAAACAACUGCAAAAUGAAGGACUUGUGUUCAACAAGGGAACAGUGCAACACUUGGAAGAUGCUAUUAAAGCCAUUAAGGAGCUGGAGGAAGAAAAGAAACAUAUAGUUGACCUGUUGGAAGAGGAAACCAUCAAAAACUGUAAUCUCCGUAUCAGACUCAAAGGAAUCCCGCAGAUGGUCAUGGAAGAGUUUGAAGCACUUGUAGCUGCUGCCCACCACUUUCGAUUCACUAAGAUACAUGAGAUUGAGCUGUCCUUGCAAGAAAUUAUCUCCGCUGUAGAACAGACGUGUUCAAAGCAGCGCCUGUCUGAAGAACGCAAUUUUGCGCUGUGCGAGGAGCAAAAGGGAUUCGGGAGCAAACAUGAAGAAACGAUCAGCCUUCUGAACCAGCAUAUGGCAGCAAAGCAUGGCAUGAACAUUCAGAUCAAUGAACUUCGCAAUAUGAAAAAAGAUGAAGAGGAGGAAACUGCUUGGCAGGUCAAUGCCAUUGAAGAACUGGAGAAAAAAAGGACAAAUGAGAUGUCGGUGUUUAUGGAACAGCAUGGAUUACUAGAGAGCCUGAUUGCAGAGCUCCAAAGCAAACUGAAGGCCAAAAAACUUGAGACAGCCAAAAAGAGGCUGGAUUACGAAGCAUCGUUGAUUAUAUUGCAAGCUUUUGAGGAAGAAGUUGCAGAAAGGAAUAAGGCCAUUGUUACUGGGAGGGAAGAGCUGGCCAAGCUUUUUGAGACUAUCAAACGUUUACUAAAGGAAUUGGAGAAGAAAAAAGCUGAAAAACAGAAGAUCCUCCAAAAGAAAGUGGAUCUUCAAAACAGCGUAGUUGGCAUGGAUGCACAGUUUAAUGAGUCAAAAGAGGCUCUGCUUAAGCAGCUGACAGAGGUAAAAAGUCCAAGAGUCGUAACACAAACAGGCUUUGAAAAUAUGAAAAACCAAAAAGAAAGAUAA